AUGCCCGAGAUAAUUGGCGUCAAUACGGAUGUUCAGACGGAACCGCCGCUCAUUCAACUAUCUAAUUCACCUUGUUUAUCCGAAUUGCUCAGCUAUGACACACACGUCACCAGCUCCUGCCAUGUGACACGUUCUCGCAACAUACAAACCGGUAUUAUGAAUAUUGACAAUGAUGUUUGGCUUUUCUCUCAUAAUGAAUGGCCACUUCAGUGUCACGUCCAUUCGAAUACCGGUGAAUUUGGCGGCAUCAUUUCGAUUAAUGAACCAUCAAUCGUGCGUGUGCCUUGCGGUAAUGCAAUUAAAUGUACCAAUGCUGAAUUACCAUCGUCUGCUUGUAUUAAUCGUAGUGUAUUAAUUAAGUCAAGUGUCACUGGAAAACAUGAGCAGUUAUCUACUAUUCCAUGGCCGAUAAAAACCAUGACGAAACAACUAAUAUCUACUUAUAAAUUAACAAUUAGUAAUUCGUUAAAAGAUAUCCUUGAUGAUCUAAAAGAUAAUCGAUUAACUGUGACAAGCGUCAUUAAAGAAUUUGGUGCACUCGUAUUUGUUUUGGUUUUAUCAAUUAUCGGUUAUUGUUUACAAAAAUGUUACCGGAAUAAUGGGGAUUGCAAACCUGCAUGGAUUAUGCCUAAGACGCCUGCAGAGUACGGACGUCGUCGAGAAACUGCUAGACGUAAGUAAUCAACUUCUUUUUUCAAUAACAACUUUUUCCAAUAACAAUAUUUGCUUUAUUUCUAGAAAGAGAAAUAGCACUUGAUCAACUUGUACAACAGUCCUCGGCGUCCAUCAUUUAUUCACUUACUUGAUUUUUUCUUUUUUCGUUUAUUAUUCGUCUUGUUCGUUCUUUUUCUCUAUAAAAUCAAAAUUACAUUUCACAUGGUUUAUUUACAUAGAAUGUUUAAUUACAGCGUCAUAUAAAUCACAUACAUCAAAUGAUCAUCACAUUAGACAGAAAGAUCAUUACAAUCACGGAUGCCUGAAAAUUUCGGCCACUCUUAACUUUGAAACGUGUCAUAUCAAUACUGCCUAAGUUUGAUUAAAUCUAUUCAAUCGACAAAGUACAACAGACAAAGUACGAAAUAGGACACGGGACAUUAGAGACCGAAUAUCAGCAAGAUAUACUGGCAGAAAGGGCUUAAAACCCAGUGUUUCAGGUCAAAACUGCUAGUUUUUACUCCAUGACCCCCAUCGAAAAUAGCACCAUUCGAUAGAGAAUUUAAUUCUGCAUCUAACACAAUCAACUAGAAAUUCAACACAGGUUGGAGCGCGAAUGUCAGCGAGAUAUACUGGCAGAAAGGCCUUAAAACCCAGUGUUUCAGGUCAAAACUGCUAGUUUUUCCUCGAUGACCCCCAUGAAAAAUAGUACCAUUCGAUAGAGAAUUUAAUGCUGCAUCUAACACAAUCAAGUAGAAAUUCAACACAGGUUGGAGAGCGAAUGUCAGCGAGAUAUACUGGCAGAAAGGGCUUAAAACCCAGUGUUUCAGGUCAAAACUGCUAGUUUUUACUCGAUGACCCCCAUCGAAAAUAGUACCAUUCGAUAGAGACUUUAAUUCUGCAUCUAACACAAUCAACUAGAAAUUCAACACAGGUUGGAGAGCGA